GAGGAAUAAUUACAGGCUACUGAAACCUAAUCCCCCACAAUGUACAAUGCGGCUACUUUCCUGGCGUCCACGAGGCCAGGCGUUCAGCAGGUUGGACAACCGCAACAACAGCAGCAGCAGCAGCAGCAACAAAUGCAGCCGCAACAGACUGGAUAUCCUGGGCAGCAGCAGCAAACUCUAGGUGCUAUGCCCUCUCAACCUACGGGAUAUAUGUCGUAUCAACAGACUGGCUUUCCCGGUCAACAACUUCAGCAUCAGCAGUUUCAACAGCCGCAACCGCAACAAUUCCAGCAACAGCAGCAGAUGCCUAUGCAAUACCAAGCUACGGGACAGCAGGGUGGGCUUCAAGGGUAUCCGAGCCAACAAGGGAUUCCGCCGGUUCCUCCACUCCCUACUGGACUCUCAUCCUUCUCUCCGCAAUCUCAACAGACCUUUUCGCCACCCCCUCAACAGCAACAGCAGCAACAACAACCACAGCAACAUAAGAAGACGAAAAGUCAAGCAAAGAUCCCUACUAUUCGGCUUUCGUUCAUUACCGCUGCCGACCAGGCCAAAUUUGAACAACUUUUCAAGGCGGCUGUUGGAGAGGGCCAGGCUUUAUCGGGUGAGUGUGGGGUUUGAAAGGCUUUACAUUGUCCAUUAUGGUUUUUGACAAGCGACUAGGUGACAAGGCAAGGGACAUCCUUUUAAGGUCUCAACUUUCUCCACCCGAUCUCCACCAAAUAUGGUUCGUAACCUCUCUUGAAAAUGAGUAUAUGCUGCGCUAAAUUUCAUCUAGGCAACUUGCCGAUACUACCAAGUCCGGGCAACUGCUAUUCCCCGAGUUUGCUCUAGCUAUGUACCUUUGCAAUCUCAAACGUGGAGGAAAGAGCUUGCCGCCAACACUGCCUGAAGUGGUUAGGAAUGAGGUCUCGAGCAUGGUGGAUAUCAUUUCCUUUGGUGUGCCUGACUCCGCUCCGCCAACGGCUCAACGGACGAAUAUCCCCAGUUUUGAAGUUAGCAGCGCGCCAUCUCAGACCCCCCAAACCACAAUCUCGCCCCCGCAGCCUACAGGACAGCCCCAGCCGAGUAACUCUCAGUUGCUCGGUAUGAUGGCUCAGCCAACGGGAUUCCAACCCCAACAAACCGGAAUUCAGGGACUUCAGACUCAGCGGACAGGAUUCCCUACCAUGCAGCCCCAGUUCACCGGUUUCCAACCACAGCAGACUGGGGUAGCUCCUCAGACCACGGGAUAUGGCCAGGGGUCUGGUGGCUAUGGCAGCACAAUCCCGCCUGUGCCCCCGAUACCGACCGGUGUGUCAUCAUUGAUGCCCGGUGGAAUGAACCCCUUGCAGGCGCAACCCACGGGGCGGCCAGGUCAAUGGGGUUUCGUCAACACUCCGGCAUCUGUACUUCAGGGUAUUGAUGCUCUGCAAGAGCGAAUGAUGCCACAACCCGGACGGGAAGGAGGCUUUAGUACCCAAGGGUUGCAAGGAAAUGCUGUAAUCCCAUGGUCUAUCACUAAGGUUGAGAAGCAGAAGUACGAUCAGGUAUUUGAGGGCUGGGAUGGGCUUAAGAGGGGUCUGAUUAGUGGUGAUACUGCUAUUGAGGUUUUUGGACAAAGCGGAUUGCCAAAGGAUGAUUUGAUGCAGAUAUGGACCUUAGCAGAUUCGGGUAACAAAGGAAGUUUGAACAAGGAUGAAUUCGCGGUUGCGAUGCAUUUGGUAAGUCUGUUUCCUUCAGGCGUGAUCGGAAGACUGCUAAUUGCCCAAAGAUCUUCCGUAAACUUAAUGGGUAUGAAAUUCCCACACGCCUUCCACCAGAGUUGAUCCCUCCUUCAACCAAGAAGUUCUCCGAGUCCUUGAGCACUGUAAAGUCGUUUUUGCAAGAAGGGCGUAAAGCUUCUGCUCUCCAACCUCAAGCCACUGGUGUUAGUUACUUGAAGAGUCGAUCUUUCCAUGAUACGGCGACAACCCAGGAAAGGAAAGAUGGGACGGUAUAUAGAUUUGAUGACAAUCAAGUUGGCUAUAAGUCUAGUGCUAGACAUCGAGCUAAGGGUACAAGAUCUCCUUCGCCGGCUGUCGGUGGGUCUCCAUCGCCAUCGCCUGGGCCGGAGAUGACGCUCGAUCAACUUCGUAAGAAGAUCCGAGAAAAGGAGAUUCUACUGAAUGCUAUUGAUAUCAAGGACGAAGACGAGGCGGAAAAUGAUGACAUUCUUGAUAGGCGUGACCGCCGUGAUGCCGACGACCUCUACAGGAGGAUCAGACGAGUACAGGAAGAUAUCGAUGCAAACCCCAACGCUGCCAUCGGAGGUACAGACCCAGAAGCGGAAAGAAGGCAGUUGAGGAGACAAUUACAAAAUUUGGCAGACAGAUUGCCUGAUCUUGCCUCCAAAGUUCGGAAGACUGAGAGAAGCAUCGCAGACGCUAAGCUCUCGCUUUUCAGACUGCGGGAUGCCAAAGCUCAUCCGGGAUCCGCGUCUGUGGUUAUUGGAACCGGUCCUGGAGGAGCCAUCACUGAAUCUGACCGCAUUAAGGCCCGGUCCAAGGCUAUGAUGCAACAGAGACUUGCCGCAUUGACUGGAAAGCCGGCUGUCUCAAUUGGUGAUGACGAUGAGGCUGCCUCGAGAAGAUUGGCGGAAGAGACUCAGAAGAUCAAAUCUGAACAGGAAUCUAAUGAUAGAAUGACGCGUGAUGUAGAAGAUAGUGUUACCGAGUUCCGGAAAUCAUUGGAAGAUUCUCUCAAACUCGCUCCCGGUGAGAGCGGCGGUAUGUCGGAUUCCGAGAGGAGAAGAUGGGAAGAGGCCCUGGGUGUUGAGGAUGAAGUCAAGGAAUUCAUUUUUGACCUCCAACGCCAGUCUCACUCUGCCAGGUUGAGACGGGAAGAGUACGUCGGUGCUGUGCCAGCAUUCUCUCAAUUGUUACUAAUGCUCUAAAUAGUGAUAGGGAUUAUCGCCGUCGCGACGAACGCUCCGGUUCCAGUGCACCGAAGUCCAUCGAAGAACCGCCCCGCCAGACUGCAUCUCCGGCUCUUGCACCCCCCUCGCGUACCGCCACACCAUCUGGUUCCUCCUAUUCAAGCUUCAAGACUACUGAAGAGCGGGCGGCUUUCAUUAAGCAACAAGCCGAGCAGAAGAUGGCCGAACGUUUAGCUGCGCUUGGGAUCAAGCCACCAGCGCGCUCGAACAUUGGCGAAACUGCGCAACAGCGUGCAGAGCGCGAGAGAAAGGAGAGGGAGGAACGCCUUCGGAAGGCCGAAGAGGAGGAAGCCAUGCGCGAGCGCAACCUACAACAGAGACUUGCCGACGAGCAACCAAAGCCGCCCUCUCCCGUCGCCUCGAAGAAACCCCCUCCACCCGCGCCUCGUAGAGCCAAAGACGAUAACCAAGCGAAGGCUAGGGCAGAGGAACAGGCUAGAAAGGCCGAGGAGAGCCUUAGGGCAGCAGAAGAGCAGGCUCUCAAGCAAGAACAGGCGGCCCAAAGAGCUAGAAUUGAGCAGAAGGAGUAAGUUUCCGAGUGGUAUUGAUUUUGGUCGAGUGAUCUCUAAUGAUGCUUUAUAGAGAGGAAUCAAGAGCAGAAGAGGAAGCGCUUUUGAGGGAACAGGAGGCGGCCAGAGCUCGCCUUCAAGCCCUUGAAGAUAAAGUGAAGCAAGGAAAGUUGCAGAAGCAAGAGGAGAAGAAGAAGAGGCAGGCGGCGCUUCAGGCUACUAAAGAGAAGGAAGCUAGACUUGCAGCUAUGCGCGCGGAGAUUGAGAAGGCUAAGGAGGAAGAGGAGUGAGUUUUCGAAUCCCUAACACGAUUGAUCGUUGCACCAGACUAAUAAGCUUAUCAAGACGUCUCAAGCGUCUCCAGAUGGAGCUUGAGGAUUCGUCCUCGGAUGAGGAGGGGCCGGAGGAGUUGGGGGGUGUGACACCAACUAAAGAAUCGGUGAGCGAGGAGCAAUUCGUAGCUGUCCCUUCAUCAUCCUCAACCGCUGCCUCUCCUCCCCCGCCUCCGCCUCCUCCACCCCCACCAGCUCCUCCCCUUCCCCCAACCAUUAAGGCACCUUCGCCGCCUACCACUGCUAUUCCUUCAGUUGCUUCUCCAACCCCGGUUGGCGCUGACACCAAUAACCCAAGCAAUAACCCGUUCCUUAAGCAUCUUGGAGCGAACGGCGACGCACCAGCCUUAUCUCCCGCAGCCCCCGCUAGUACAGCUAGUGCUGCUCCCUCUGCCCCAUCUAGUUCUGGUGCUGUUCCUAGCAAGAACCCAUUCUAUAAGUUGAACCCCGAUCAAACUGCUGAGCCUUCCCCAAGGAAGUUUUCGCGCCGCCAACCUGAGGAGGAUGACUGGAGUGUCGUGGAUGAAGAUGAGAGUUCGAGUGACGACGAUGACGAUCCUCCGAAUCGCCAGGGCACAAGGGCUCUAGCUGAGAUGCUCUUCUCAACCAUGGCUCCCCCUAGACCUUUGUCUAGUAUGGGCAACAAGGAUACUGAGCAGCCAAUUAGCCCUUCAGCAGUAGGAGCUCCGCCUCCACCACCCCCACCCCCACCCCCACCCGCACCACCAAUGCCAUCCGGGUCUUCCGCCCCAGUAGCUGCGCCAUCGAUCAAGGUAGAUGUUGGUUCCUUAUUGAGCGAGAUUUCGUUGGGUAGGACCUUGAGGAAGACUGAGACAAGGGACGGAAGUGUUCCGGCCACAAGCGGAAGGGUGGUCGGUUGA